CCACCUCCUCGGCUAGAGGCACAACACCUUCCACACAGGGCAGCGCAGCGCAGCGCGCGCUGGCCGGGCCAGCUGCAUUCCCCGGGCUCUUCCUUCCCUGCCCGCGCCUCGCAGGCGGCUUGGCAGGGUGGUUAGGUGCAGGGAGGGACCCGCUCUCACUUCCUCAUUCGGCUCGCUCGCCCUGCAGCAGCAGGUUGCUGCUCUUGGGGAGCGUCUCCGCUGCCGCUGCCCGGGGAGCGGGAGCCGGGGCAGGGAGUCCCCUGUCUCUGCCUUCCCUUCCCGCGCGCGGCGGGGCGCGAGCAGCAGGUGGUGCGGAUGGGAAAAGCAGAGCCGGGAGGAGGCGCGAAGAUGAGCCGAGGCAUGAGGGUCCUCCCCGAGGAGCAAGAAGAAGUGCUAGAGGAGCUGCAGAGCCUAGGGUGGUACCACGAUAAUCUCACCCGCCAUGCAGCAGAGGCUCUUCUUCUUUCCAAUGGAUGUGAUGGAAGCUAUCUCUUAAGGAAGAGUAAUGAAAGGAAUGACUUAUAUUCUCUCUCAGUAAGAGCAAGAGAUUCUGUGAAACAUUUCCAUGUGGAAUACAUGGGGUCUUCAUUCAAGUUUGGCUUUAAUGAAUUUCCCAGCUUGAAGGAGUUAGUCAUGCAUUUUGCAAACCAGCCUUUAAUUGGAAGUGAGACAGGCACCCUAAUUGUACUGAAACAUCCGUAUCCCCGGAAAGUGGAAGAACCUUCUAUUUAUGAGUCUGUCCGAGUUCACACUGCAAUGCAGACAGGAAAAACUGAAAAUGAUCUUGUCCCAAAUGCGCCUUCGCUCGGUACAAAAGAAGGAUACUUGAUAAAACAAGGCAAAAUAGUAAAGAAUUGGAAAAUGAGGUGGUUUACAUUGCAUAGGAAUGAACUUAAAUAUUUCAAAGACCAGAUGUCCACAGAGCCAAUCCGGGCAUUAGACUUAACAGAAUGCUCAGCAGUGCAAUUUGAUUACUCACAGGAACGGGUCAACUGUUUCUGUUUAGUAUUCCCACUAAGGACAUAUUACCUGUGUGCAAAGACUGGCAUUGAAGCCGAUGAGUGGAUUAAGAUACUGCGAUGGAAAUUGUCACAAAUAAGAAAACAACAGGACCAGCGUGAUGCUACCUCUACUCUGUAGUUAUUCCUCUAAAUAAUUUCCUCACCGAGAUUCAGCCUUCAACAUUGAAUGUGUCACUUCACACAAGGGCAGUUUCAGCACAUUGCAUUACCUACAGUGUACAGCUAUGUACUUGCAUAUAUAGGAUUAAUGCUAGAUGGACACUUUCAGAAUGUGAAAUGUUAUCAAUGAAAACUGUUGCAUCCUAACAAUGCUGGUUCCCUACCCAAUCACAUAUUCUUAAUGCACAUUUAAUUCAACCACCUAUUCUGUUCACUUAUAGAUCACAAAAGUGUUCAGUAGUUGAAACUUUCGGUACAGUAGUAAAGUACUCAUGUUAGCUUCAUUAAGCUUCUGUAAUAAAUACAUAACUAACUACUAGCAACAGCUGUACUGCAAAGGUUAGCCCACUCAUUUGAAAUCAGCUAUAUUCUGGAAACCUUAAAUAUUUGUUUUGCAUUGUGGCUUAAGGGUUUAAAUCCUAGAGGAAAAUUAUGGCUCCAGAGUGGAUUUUUUUCAAUGUGAAACUGACUAGAGUAUAUUUUUGUAAUUAAUGUGAGUCCCUAUUACAUGGAAAAUAUAAACUUAAUAUUUUUAAAGUCCGGUGUCAAAGUGGGUGAUGAAUAAUACUUGGUUUUGAUGAAAGCUAUUAGCCUGUGGUCUGAUCCUACAUUUUGGCAGUGGUAGUUGUAACUGUGUAGAUUGCUGCUCUCUCUUGCUGUUAAAUAGACGUACCAUAUUGAAAGCAUCCUUGCUUGUACAUUGGCGUGAUAAGGGCACAGGGCAGUUGGACCCCAGCUUCUCCAUUCCCAGUACGCCCAUGAAGGAGUAGCCAUAGGUGGCCAUGGAACGAGGACAGAAUGCUCUACAGCCAGCGAAGUCCUUGGUCCCCAUUGGGUGGGUAGUGGAAUUCUAGCACAGUCGUGUGCCCUUCACUUACCCACAUGAAGAUGAUCGUUAAAUUUUAUGCAUUUCUGCUAGCAGCAUCUGCUUGUAAUUGAUCUUUUCGUUGGUUAGUAUUGAGAGUUUACAAGAAGAAGCUAUUAAUUUUAGUUGAUUAGGUUUGUGUGUCUUAGGGGACAGGGGCAAGGGGAUAAGUUAUAUUCUAGAAAUGAAUUGUAAAGAAUGUGGCAGCUAUCCAAUCAAAGAAAGCAGGGAUCAUGAGUUUGUUUUUAAAUAUCAAAUUAGCUUGAAUUGUACCUGCUCAAAAAUGUUUUACAUGAGAAGGCCAUUUUAUGUUCUCCCGCCAUAUAAACUGCUAUGGCAUUUUUAAAAUAAAGCUUACACACCAACCAGUUUAAUUUUCCACAGCUGCCUUUACUGUGUGACGAGAGGCACCUGAGCCUGGAAAAACAAGAGACUCCAUUAUGAUAGAAUUCAGAGUUGUAAUUACAGGAAUAGUAUUUUGUUUUAACUUAGAUGUUCACAGUAUUUGAUUAAUGUUUUUUGUAUAGACUAAAUAUUUUAAAAUGUCUGAGUAAAUACAGUUUCACCAUACUAUUAAAAGGUACUCUUUCAAACCUUAGAUUGUGAUGCCUGUAGUCAAGGAAGUUAGCAGAAUGGUAGUUCAUAUGCAACAAAAUUUUAUACAAUAAUGAUUUCCAUCUCCUUUUUCCCCACCCAAAGAAAUUACAAGAUAACUGCAAUAGAGUAGAAAUAUUUGUUACAACCCUGUUGGUAAGCCAACAGUAGUCAUGCCUCUCUACUAACAGAUGGGAAAUCCUGUGUGAAGUCAAAUCAUCUCACAAUCAGAGCUUCUUCCCAUGAGAACAGGCCAGGUUACAGAAUAUUGGAAACAAAAUGUAGUAUACACUACCUCUCUCAAACAAGCAAACAAUGACAAACUGAAGCCAGGUUAGAAUACAGCUUGCGGGUUUUCAAAUAGAGCUUCACACAGACAGGAUGUUACAUUGGUUGAUCAGGGGUCUACAUUGGUUGAUUAGUUUCUAGAUGGAAUUUAAAGUGUUUGCCUUAUUAUAUUAAAAAUGCAGAUGUUUUGGAUCUAGAUUAUCUGAAAAACGUAUCUUCUUAUCUUAAAAAAAGACAAUAUACAGCCCCAAGUGUUUUUACUUAUAGAAAGCCAACAUGUGUAGAGAUUGACAUUUGACAGCAAAUGAUGCAAGUUUUUAUAAAAAUGUAGGAAUUCAAAAAUGAUGAGAUCUAAAUGAGAUCCACACAAGUUUUACAGCCCAUAAAUUAUCCAAGUUGUACAUUUAUAAAGCAACAAGGGAGACUUAUCUGCAUGGAAAAUUAGGUUUACCAGCAAUAUUUUAGGGCAGCUAUAAAAAUGGAUCAGGUUACAACAUUUUUAAAAAUAUUGUUUUAUUUAGACAUUUACUUAGGAAAACCUAAAAAUAAAUGAGCAGAUCAAGUGUUACCACUAACAUAGCCACAAAUACCAGAACAAAAGACAAACAUGGAUAUCACACCUACACUGUACAAAAGAAAUACAAGAAAGUGCAACACUGAUUGGGAACUUGUACCCAGUAAUAAGGAAAACGCUUGAAGCCGUAAUUUAUAUAGAAAUAGCAGCAUCCUUCUCCUAUACCAAGGAAGCUCACAUUCAGAUUAGUAGUAUUCCUUUACCGAAGCAUCACAAAAAUAAAAAAAAUAUGGGAUAGUUAUUGAUUGUACUGCUAGGACUGCCAGCAUAUUUUCUCUUUUUCCUAGUGCAUGCAAAGAAGCAAUGAAGACAAUGAAAAUUAAUUCUACUUCCCCACUAUGUAGUGGUGGCUAGUGAGAGGGUAAACCCUACUCAAUGCUUCAUUUCCUGUACAGCAAGGGAGCUGUGGGUCACUUAUCUGGACUGACAGUAUGCGGAUACCGGUCAACUCUGUUAAACCUGAUCCUUAGUAAGGGCUCCACUGGAGCCAUUUGCUCGUCUCUCCAGUACUGCACAAUACAAGACAUGUGGCCAAAGAGUCUAUCUACAACACACUAGUAGCUCAUUUCCGAUUCAGCACUAUGUACAAAUUUAAUCUUAUUUAGUACAAUGGGGGAAGUGAUAUUUCCUCUCAAACACUGGUUAUUUUGUGGGCUCAGAAUUAUUGAAUCUUUAUGUCCCAUUGUGUAGUGAAGAGAUGCAGCACUUUGAUGACACCAUCAGGUUAAGAAACCUCUACAACCUGCCUCAACUC